AUGAGAACCCGGCAAACCACUGCUAUAAAAGUAAAUGAUGGGCUUUCAAUUAUAAGAGUUUUCUGCACAAAAAGUACCUUUUCUUGGACUAUUAGCUUUGAACAUCAAAUGAAGAACACGCCUCAUUUCAAAAGAAGAAGCAGCACGUGGACCAUGGACCAAACUGGAAACCCGCGAACUGACAUCUAUGUGUUCCACAGCUUUGGCUGCAACAGACACAAAGAUGAAGAUAGUUCAGUGAUUGCGCAGCCCAUGUUUGUCUUCAAGAAGGAACGACCCUGCAAGAGGCCUGCAGAAGAUCCAUUGCACAAGACUGAAAACGUUCCCAGUGGAUCCCGAAAACGUGCAAGAGCUUCAUAUUUUUCUUUUCAGCCCUCUGAGUCAGAGUCCUACAGAGAAACUGUAUGUUCCAAGAAACAAUCAAGAACAUCAUCCUUUAUCAUCAUUCCAACAUUUCCACCGUCUCAGCCAGUAAAGAAGAACAACGUAUUCAUGACUUCGGGCCUAUCAGAAGAUUGUAUUGAUGUGAAAGCAACAGAACAAGAUCUUCCAACAAGCAACAGACAAAAAGAGGUUUUAAGGCCUGCCAGACUGCAACCGCCACAACUGACGACAUAUAGAAUAGAAAAGAAGAAAACUGGUGAAAAUCUUCCCGAGGGAAAUCAUGAAACAGACAAUCAGAUGUCUGAAGAUACCUAUGCAUGGGUUGAUAUCUCCAAAAAGCUUCCUCACCCGUUACAGAUUUCCAGCUCUAGCACAACACACAAUCGAAUAGCCAAAGACAGAACUGUCUCAGAAAGUGAGCAUUCUAACUUUGUAUUUGGAGAAAAUAUAGUAGAAAGAGUUUUGAAACCUGAGAAAUCGCCAGAAUUGCAGUCCAAGGAUAUCAGUGAAAAGGAGCCAAUCUGUGCCCCAGAUUUCCAAACCGUUCCCCCAUGCGCAACACCUCAUUUUGCUAAGGAUUCAACACUAGCAGAAUCAGCUGCUGCUUACCUAUCCAGCAAAACAGCACAAAGAUAUUUAUUGGAGGAAAUAGAAAUUACAACAGGAGAAGAAGAGGAACACAAUGUUUUGCAGAUCAACUGCAGGCUUUUUUUAUUUAAUAAAGCCCUAUUAUGCUGGACUGAAAGAGGCAGUGGCUGUUUGAGACUUAAUGAUACCUCCAGCAAUCAUCAUGGAAUGCUUCAGUCAAGACUGGUCAUGCGAAAUCAAGGAAGCAUGAGGCUUAUUCUUAACACCAAGCUGUGGACUCAGAUGGUGAUAGAAAGAACGAACCGGAAGAGUGUGUGCAUCAUGGCAACAGAUCUGGAGGACGGAUCCGUCAAAGUUUUCCUAAUACAAGCCAGCACAAAGGACAUUGAAUCCCUCUAUGCAGCCAUCCAUCACCGUCUGGUUGCUCUGAGAAACUUUACAAAGCAGGAAUGUGGUGUGAAUCAAGUGGAAUACAAGCUAGAUGUUCAGCCAAUAUCUUGUGACAGUGAUGAUGAAGAGAAUGAAAAAAGAUCUCCAGGGAGCAACAACAGAUCAGAGUAUUAGCUAUCCCACCAAUUUUGUGACAUCUGCAGGUUUGAUAUCCAUUCCCAUCAUCUUCUCAUCCAAAUAAUUCCUACAAAUCUUACCUCAUUUGUAUUUAAUUUGCACCUUCAUUUUACAACGUACGUCAACAUAAAAGCUGAAGUGACUGCAAUUGUCCUCCCAUAGCAUUCUCCAUGGAUUCGCAGACAACCUGUGGUCUGUUCUUGACAACUCACCAUAUCCCAUUAAAGGGACAUUAGGGACAACACACCAUGUUGGAAUGAAGACAGGAUGUGGUAUAUGAUUAAGGAACAUCAUAUGAAAGAAGCACUUUAAAGAUUCAAGACAUCAGUCCCUGUAACAGGAAUCCAAAAUUGGCCUCAGUUCUUUUUGAAUUAUUCAGAAGAAGUUGUUUUCAAGUUUGGGGAUGAACAGCUUUAAGAACUGUUUUAAAGAAAAUAAUAAUUCUGAUCCAUGAUGGUAUUCAUCCUUUACGAAUGAUUGCUCCAUCUACUUAGAGCAGUAAUUAUUUACGAAGCAUGUAUGUGUAUAUGGACGUGUGUGUACGGUAUAUUAAUCUAUUUUGGGUCUAUUAUUAAAUUUGCAUGAAUCUUCAAAGCUUAGUAUUGUAAGCUGAUAUUUGCAUCUCCCCAGUUCUACGCAAUGAAUGCAGUGUUGAACAUAAACAAAAAAUUUGCAGACAGAUAGGUAGCGCAAGCUUUCCCAGACCUGCUGUUUGCAUGCAAGUUUGAUUCAUAAAUGCAAACAAAUCCUACCCCCCCAAAAGCAGAUUUUUACAUCAUCCCAGGAAAAUUACCCCAAGGGUCAUCACUUCAUCACUAUUCUUUCCGCUAGCAAGUUGCACUGAUCUGGGAUUAGCACAUUUCUUUCAAUCGCCACCACAUUGUCUGCCUGCAAAGUUAGCAUUUCUUCUGGAAUGAUGGUUAGACGGUUUCUCAUUGGCAGCGGCUGAUUUUUAUGUCUGGGAGAUUAGCUGGCUGGAGGAAAUGCUGGCUAAUUGGGGAAGAGCUCUCAGGAAGGAAAAGCAUGAGCCUGUUUCAGAGGAUUUGGGGAAUAAAGCCAGUGGCUGCAUAAAAGAAGUAGCAAAGACUGGAGUGGUGGGUUUUGUUUUGUUUUUUGGUGCCUUCAAGUCACUGUUGACACUUGGCAACUGUCUAGAUCAGGGGUGUCAAACAGUGUCACGUAACAUAUCAGGACUUUUUCCCCUUUCGUUAAACCAGGCAUGGGCAUGGCCAGCGCAUGAUGCAUCCGGCCUGCAGGCCAGGAGUUUGGUCUAGAUCAGGGGUUUUCAAAUUUGUCUCUUUUAAGACUUGUAGACUUCAACUCAGGGGUUGAAGCUGGCUGAAGAAUUCUGGGAGUUGAAGUCCACAAAUCUUAAAAGAGACAAGUUUGCAGACCCCUGGUCUAGAUUAAUCCCUGUAGUUUUCUUGGCAAGAAUUUAGAAGUGGCUUCUCUCCUUCUGAAAGUGACUGGCCCAAGGUCACCCACCUGGCAUUAUGCCUAAGCGAGAAGUAUAACUCAUGGUCCACUAUGCCUGAUGAAAAUUAUACUUUAUAUAUCGGUCACAGUUCCUUGGUUUAUUUUAAAACCAUGGUUAAAACAUCAUGGCACCAUGUAUUCACAAAGCUCACAAAAUAGUGAGACAAAAUUUAUGUUUGCAGAUGCUACACCGAUUCAGAAUGUCGUAUUUAUUUUUGGAAUGAGUAUUUGUUUUGUGUCUUUCAAGAUUAAGCCAAAUAAUUGGUUCAUUUUCUUUGUAAUUGCAUCUUCCUUUAGUACAUCUUUAACUUCCUUGUUAUCCAACAGUCUGUCUCCCUCCUUUUCUGAUUUCCAGUUCAUAAUAUUUUCAAAGAAUGGAGCUCUUCAUCUUUAUUAUUAUGGUACUGUAAUGAUUCUUGAAUGUGAGUACAUUUUCCCUCUUUUAUUUUGCCAACUUCCUGUCUUUUUAUCUUUUCAUUUGGACAAUCAUCCAUUAUUUUAGGAUUAUGCCUACAGCAGAUACUAAGUUUACUGUAUAUUGAAGAUUAAUUUCUCUUGUAUGCCUUAAAAGAUGUGACAGAAAUGUUUCUGAGAUCUUGCUAACAAUUUUGUGACAUAUCUUACUGCCAAAGAUGAUAGUUUUAUUAUUAAUUACUAAAAGCUAGUACGUUUGCUAAGUGUGUAUCUCUCAAAACAGUACACUUAGCAGUCCAAACAGUAUUUCCAAAGUUAACAGGUGGUAUCAAUGAAUUCAUCAAUUAUGGAUGGAAAAGAAAUCAUUUUGAAGGGGAAAAACAUGCUGUUAUUUCCCAUAUUUAUCUAAGUAUGAUUGAAUAUUAUAUAAUUUAUGUGGGCUGUAUGAUGGAAUCCUUUGAAUAUUUAUUUGGAACUAAAUCCUACUAUAUUCAGCAGUUCUUAGCCAACUAUCAAGUGGAUGUAGGAUUAAGCCUAAUAAUAUCAUAUGAAGCCUAUUAAUAUACAGCUUCAAAUCUCUCGUACAUCACUUUUGUCUUUUUUUCCCAUAGACUGUUUCUACACCCCUUUUAUCAUUCUUAGCCUCAGAAGAAGGCAAUGGCAAUACUUCCGUAUUACUUACAAGAAAAAUGUAUAGUUCUUCCCCUGCUGAGAUUGUCUUGAGGCUUUACCUUUUGAGAAAAAUCUUAUUAAAAUGGUCUUUUCUUGAAAGGAACAUGCUUAUGCUAUUUAGCCUCCAGCUUGGGUUCUUUUGUCUAAGAUGCAAUGCCUGAAUACUAAAUAUGUCUUACCCCUCCCUCCUCUUCCUGCUAAGGGAUGUAGGUGCUAGGCCAAUGAUGAUGAACCUUUUGGACACCGAGUGCCCAAACUGCGUGUGCGCACAUGCCCAAACUGGAAGGUGCGCAUGGAUAUUGUUGUUGCUCCCCGAACCUGGCCCCAUGCCCGAAAGUGCCUUGGAGCCGGGCCUGCUGCCAGAAAGUGACUUGGACAGUGAGGGGGAAGGGCCGUCAGGACUUACCUCGGGAGCACCCGCUUCCCUGGCUCAGCUCCAGAAGCCAGAAGCAGGCCAGGUGAAAGAGAUAAUGAGGCCUCCUUCCCCUGCCUCUUCCCCCACCCAGGCCACGCCUGCAGACCCAGCUGACAGCAAUCAGGCUUGGCUGAAUCCCAGGUUUCGUAGGCAGGAGAGAAGAGAACAACAGAAGCAGGGGAGGGGCAGGCCUAGGAAGUGCUGAGUCAUGGAGCCACACCCCACAGGAUAUAAAAGGCAGCAAGAGCUGGUGUGCUUCUUUGUAUCAGGCAAAUCCACGGAUUGACUAGAGCUGAAGGUUGUGACUUACCAGCGUCUUGGCAGCUAUCGAGGGCUCUUGGCAGACGCUGAUUCUUUUGCUUCCAGAUAAGAGCUGAUAAGAGCCGGCUAAUUAAGCCAUCGUUCGGACGGAGGCGAGGAGGACACAACAGAUAUGUGUGAAUGUGCUCAUGCGUGUAUAUGCACAGAUGUGCGCAUGCGUGCAUGUGCAGCAGAGACCUGAACACCAGCUGGCCUGCGGGAGGCGGGGCAUCCCAAUACUGGCAGAGUGGCAAGAGGUAAGACCUUUUUCUUUCGUCAGCUUCUGUUUCGUCGUUUGCAGGGAAACAGAAGUUCACUAAAGAAACGCCAUGGAGAUCUGACCUGGAACGAUGGCUCAUGUGCCAGCAGAGAGGGCUCUGCGUGCCACCUCUGGCACGUGUGCCAUAGUUUCGCCAUCACGGUGCUAGGCAAAUGAGGAUCAUUGUGAAUCCUUUAAUAAUCUGAGGCUCAAUAUUUCUCCAGAUCUAAAGAAUGCUGCCACAAAAUUGUACAAAUCUGCUCAAAGAUCCAUAAAGGGGCAGAACUUGGCUCCUGGUGAAUGCAUCCAUGCAGCUUUCUUAGCAAUGUUAUGGAAGUGAUUUGCCAUUGACCCCUUCUGGGAUAUUUUUUUUCCCCCAAUUUCCCAGUCUAGCCAAUAGCCCCAGAAUACUUUGUUCGUACCCCAUCCAAGUAUAAACCAUGACUGAUCUGGCAGAAAGGGCUGCCAUCUGCUGAAGUUAAAUUAGUCCAGAAAAUUCAUAAAGUUGCACUUGCCUAGAGCAGCAUUUUUGAUUCAUUCAGAAGAGAUACCUCAGGAUCUCUAGGACAACUUCCCUGCGAAGUAGCUUCUUCAUCGUAUCUGAACAUCCCUCUUGUUAAGGUUACAAGAAGUUAUAGCAGAUUACAGAAAAGACGUGCUUAAAAACUGGGAUGUCAUAACUAGAUAUAAUUCCACCAAAACUACUGAAACUGUGUUACUCAGUGGCCUCCAUGGGAUUUUGAUGCUUUUCACUGGAAUGUUAAAAGGCAGCAUUGUAGCAUUACACUGCAAGUUUGCACGCCCAACGUCACAACAUAGGCAGAAAAAGGGCAGAGCUUGUACCACAAUUUCAUAAUGAUGCUUUGGUAAGUCUGUCCCACUUGGAUCCCAUGGACAUUGUUGUUCUCAUUUACAUUUAAAGAUAUUAUACAUCUAAACUAAUGAAAAUAUUCGACAGGGAUCAUGAUGUUUGGCAACAAUGAAAUAACCUAAGUUUCUGAAAGGACUCAACUCUGUUGAUAAUCUCCAACUACUAAAGAAUAGCACCAUCAGACUGUAAAAAUAAAUUCAGAGCCUAUCGAUGGAAUUCGUCAGAUUUUACAACGAUGCUCUUUCUACCAAGAGAAUGGCUAUACUCGCUACUUCUAAAAUGACAUGUUUCCUGUUUAAAUAUAAAAUAGGCCCAUUAAGUUGGAGGCCCCUCCUUUACCAACCCACCCAACAUAAAAGAAAGUUUAAAAAGGGCUCCUUCCAGGUGUAGGAAGUUAGCACCCACCCCUCUCCUGGGAAAAUGAGAUAUUUUAGAAAAUAUUAAAAAGGGCAGAAUAUUUCCCCUAAAAGGGAGGCAGAAACUCAGCCCCCACCACCACCACCUUUUUCAAUGGGCCAUGAAGGCCUGAGCCAGUCUAUUGUACAUAACAAAGAUCUUCAGGCAGAGCCAUAGUAGGAAUUGCCCAAAGCCCUUUCAUUACAUCAUCACCCAGCAAGGUUCAACCAAGCCUGGGACUCAAAAGACAACCUACAAAGUUACCCCUGCAUGGCUGCAUGGGAGUCUGACAACCAAUCAGAGCACAAGCUCAAAUUCAAAACCCAACAGAGGGCAUAAAACCCAGGCACUCUCAGCAUCUCUGCCCUUUUUGCCUAGGAUCUCAAGCCAUGUGAUCCUGUUCAUCAAUAAACCUUUCCAAGCAACUUCUAUGAAUCCAGUGUCUUUUUCCCCACUUGGAACUGAACCCAGAUGGACAUUUCUUCCAACACAGGGAAGUCCCUGUUAUAACCCUUGCCAUCCUUGGAAAAUCUGAACAAGUUUUUGUUCAGUUUUUUUAAAGUCCUUGGAUACCAAAAAGCCUGUGUACUAUAGCUUAAAUCAACUUUUUCCAACUACCCUCUUCUAAAUCGAAUUUUUCAAACUUGCCACAUUUCAGGUGUGUAGACUUUUAACUCCCAAAUUUUUUUCUAGAAAUUUGAAAACAGUGCUCUAAAUUUACUGGACUUCAAUUCUCAUAAUUUUGCCAUCCAUGUCAGUUACAAAUGUACCCAUAAGAAGCAAGUAAGUUCCAGAUCAAAGUUUGAACACAUUACCAAAUGGGUAAGUUAUUAAAUACUGCUUAUCUGUUUGUAAAGUGCAACAGUCAAUUAUUUAGCAACUGAUCGUACUGAGAAUGAGUCCCACUGAUUGUCUUUGAUCUAUUGCUCCACUAUAAUCUAGUCCAAUUCAAGGUCUUUUGGUUGAGCAAAACUU